CGAACGUCACGUGACCAAACCCGGAAAACAGGUUACGUCCCUUUUACUACGGGAUGUUGACAUGACGGUUUGAAGCCGAACUUUCUACUUCUUUAUCGCUGGCGUCUUCGGACUAAAGAAUAACAUGAUGUCGUUAAAACCAACAAAAUACCAGAAGCGAGAAAAUCCCAACAGUGACUUCUGCUGUGUACCACAGUGCUCCAUGUCAGGGAAAUUCAACUCCGCCGUAAGUUUCCACCACUUUCCAAAGAAUGAAAACUUGAGAAAAAUAUGGACACGUAAUGUGAGACGUGAAAAUUUGGUCAUUAAGAGGACAACAACAGUCUGCAGUAGGCAUUUCAUGCCCACUGACGUCAUCCAGGGUGGGAGACGGCGUUUAAAGGAAGGUGCUGUACCUGUGCUUUUUGCGUGGAACGACUACUCUCAGCCGGAAGUCAGACCGAGUGUCCGGGAGAGGACAGAGCGACCAGAGGAGGAAGCGAUCGAAGAGAACGAGACAAAUGUUGAUUUGUUACUUCGGUGCCAUGAUUAUAAUGCAAGACCAGAAGUAUCGGAUCUGGAUACAGCACAGAAGAUUAUAGAGGCGCAGCAGCUGGCGAUAGAGGAGCUGAGGAAGAGACUGGAGGAGGUCACACUGAAACAGUCGUUUGGUUUGGAGAGGUUUCUGGCAUCAGAUGAUGACAUUAGACUCUAUACCAGGUUUGCCAGCUACCGCCAUCUUCAGGCAUUUUGGAGACAGAUUGAACCUGCAACAGAAAGAAUUGUGCAUGUUGGUGGUACAUGUUCAUCCACUCCCAGUGCAACAGCACCUCUUGACAAUUCCACUGAUCUACUUCGUCGACCGAGCCGGUGCCUUCCAAUGAUUGAUGAACUGUUCCUGUUCUUGAUGUACCUGUCACUGGGUCUGAAAGAAAGAGAUUUGGGUAAUCGUUUCAACAUUCAUCAGUCUACUGUCAGCAGGAUCAUCCAAACCUGGGUCAAUUUCUUGUACACCUUACUCAGCGCUGUUGGGAUAUGGAUGUCUCCUGAGACAAUAAGAACAUCAAUGCCAAGUGUGUUUGGCAAGUACUCUGACACUCAAGUCAUUGUUGACUGUACAAGGAUAAGAUGUCAGAAGCCGUCAUCUUUACUCUUGAGUGAGAUGUUUACCCACUAUAAAUCCCACACUACGCUGAAAGGAAUGAUAGGUGUGUCACCGCAUGGUGCUGUCACUUUUGUUUCCUCAUUGUAUUCUGGCUCCAUCAGCGAUGAAGAGUUGUUCAGACAAUCUGGCAUUAUCCCUCUUUUGGAUAAAGACAUGGCUGUAAUGGUGGACAAGGGAUUCAGAAUUGAUGAGCUAGUGCCAUGCAAAGUUUACAGACCUCCUUUUCUGAGUAAAAAGUCACAAAUGUCUCAUGAUGAAGUGCUGGUCACUCAGGACUUUGCACGGUUAAGGAUACAUGUGGAGAGGACAAUUAGACGCAUCAAAGAGAACAAACUAUUUGACACCAUUAUUCCUCUGACCCUUGCUGGUAGUAUCAACCAGCUUUUUGCAGUAGCCUGCCUCCUAAGUAACUAUCAAAAUAAACCACUGGUCGAGGUGUGAGCACAGUAAUGUUCUGUGUGUUAAGUUGACACAGUCAGCCUCCCUGGUUACUUGGACAUUAAAUCGUAUGUCAGUUGCAUGAAUGUCUUAGGUCUUCUCAGUUUUAUAAUGGUUCUCCCUCAGUUCUUUUUCUGUGAUUUUAAAAAAGUGAAACCUUUUCACCAAGAGAUUAAAAUGAAUUUCAUUUUAUGAGGUGUCAGUACCAAGUUACAUGUUUUGAGUCUGAAUAGUGUAAAACAUGAAAGCAAGAGUAUAAGCCGAAUAUAAAAUACGAGAUGAGAACAUUGAAAGCAGUCAUGAUUCACGUAUUGUAUAUUAAAUGCUUUUUCUAAUGACAAUCUGUAGAAAUAAAUUUUUGCCUUUUGAUUGCAGAAUACACACUAUCUGAUUUUUGUAUGACAAUUUGUCAAAAACUGUCCUUUUUAAAACAUAUUGCUUCUUUGGGAAGCUAAUUUAGAAUUUUACUACAGAAAUAAUUCAAAAAGGGAUGCAUGAAAUAAUUUUCGAAACAACACUCUCUGGUCCCAUUUAUUUUCCAGCUAAUUUUGAAGGAACAGUUUAAAAGCCUAAACUGUGUUUAUUUGUCUGAAAUUAAAGUUUUGACACGGGCAUCAUUUUUUUUAUAGUAUCGAGGCCCUCUCUAUAACAUUUAAAGCCUAGAAAAAGUACAUUUCACGCAAUAUUAGGUUUACGUUACUUUAUUCAUACCUGUAGAUAGAUUUGUUUUGCAGCAGAAGUUAUACAGUACAUGUAGAGACAGACAAACAUAAACAGUACUCAAGGCUCCUAUCAAAACUAAUCCCUUAACCUAAAAAAAUACAUUAAAAUAUGCUUUUUUUUUGUUUAUCUAUCUCACUUCUACCUUAUGUGCGAAAUGUUAUUAUGUUGGUAUGCCUUGUUUAUCUUCAUGAUCACUGCUGGAACAAAGGAAUUUUUAUACAGUUUGGUUUUGCAUUUUGGAACUGAAUCUUCGCCCUCAACGGAGGAUCUGAAAUUCACCAAGAAAAUGGUGGGACUCACCAUUCCCUGUAACUGUCUGAUGUACAGCGAUGCGAGACUAAGUUGUAAUUCACCAAUCAGCCUACUAGACCAUUUAACAAUGUGGCUUAAGGAGUUUUUGUUCUUCAAGGAUAGAUUUCCGAACAAACAUAACAAAGAAAAUCAUACAAUAGAUUUGAUAAAAGCAUGGUGGAAUAAGGUCAACAGUUUUUUCAACAUGGAAAUAAGCCAUUUUCCUCAAACAAAACAAACAGAGGGUGCCUGUUUUUGCCCACAACUUCACAAUUUCACAAUAAGGGACCUUUAGGCUCUUUUGGAGACAGACAGGUACUUCUGCAUGUAAAGGUUAAAGUAUAACUGGUCAGCCUUUUUUCUGAUGGACUGCCGUUACUUUGGGGUCAAAAUAGACUCGCUGUACCAGCAUGUCUUCCUGGGCACAAAUCACAAGGUCACACCACUGCAGGCCAGUUAUCAGUAGUUGACCCUGCACCUGCCAGUUGUUGGAGUGGCUUUCACAGAGUGCCAAAGUGCCAUACUGCAUUUUAAGGUAUUUACAUUCCACAUAGUUCUUCUCAUUAGAGCACUUUAUCUCAACCAGUCUAAAUGCUGGCUGAUCAAAUAGAUCGAAGAUCAAGCCAUCUGGUGAGGCAGUAAGCCAGGAGACAUUGUGUGGACAACAAGACUGCAGGGAGUGUAGUUGACAUUUUUCAUUUUGCAGUAUUCAACUGCCACCUCAAACUCUUUGUCUGCCCUUCUUCUUAUGUCUCCAGUUUUACUUAUUCCUUUGAGUAUUCUUUCUGCUAGACCCUCUGCAGAGCUCAGUCCCCUCACAAAGCACACCUCAAAAAUGUGAAGAGGUUAUUCUGGGCCUCUGGAGCUGAUGCCACCCCAUAUCGAUCAAUAUUAUGGGCCAUGUCCAUUGUGGGCAUCAAACUUUUAAGUUGAAAGUGCUCCUCCUCAGUACUCUGUCGGGGCCAGUCUGGACUCCCUAAGAGGCAAUGGUGGGUAAGGUGGAUGAUCUUGGUAUAUUUCACCGCCUUUGUGGGUCGUAUCAGUUGCUGGUAAGAGAGCACGCUUACCUUUUGUGCUAAGCCCAAAGCUGUCUCAACAAGUGUCUUCUCUAAUACCCAUCGUUGCUGCUAGAGGUUUAUCUGUAACAUGAAAGUCUUUGUUUGUGUCCACAAUUUGGAGCAAUGAGAUAUCAAGCGGAUCACCCUCCAAGCCCUUGUGCAGUGUGCUUCUGUGAAAGACAAUCAUGGCUAUGACUGGUGCAUUUUAAAACAUUUAAAUAAACAUAAACAUAUACAGACCCUUUUCCCAAAAAUAGAGCAUCAUUGAAAAGUUCAUUUGCGUCACGGUUGAUGACUGGUUAGAGCAUCUGGCUCACAGUUCUGAGGACUGGGGUUCAAUCCCCGGCCCAGCAUUUGUGGAGUUUGCAUAUUCUCCCCGUGCCUGCGUGGGUUUUCUCCGGGCACUCCGGUUUCCUCCCACAUCCCAAAAACAUGCAUUGAAGAUUCUAAAUUGCCCGUAGGUGUGAAUGUGAGUGCGAAUGGUUGUUUGUUUAUAUGUGCCCCUCAUCCUCUUGAUAAUACCCCAUUGGUGCUACUGGCGGUAUGGGCAGGGGCCAGGUCCUGCUGGAAGUUGAAAUCUGCAUCUCCAUACAGAUCCUCAGUAGAAUGAAUCAUGAAGUCCUUUAAAACAUUCUGGUAGACUGUUGCGGUCACCUUGGAUUUAAGAAAGCAGAGUCUAGCAACAUCUGCACUGGGCAUUGCACCCCAAAUCCGGACUGGACCUCAAGCAGCUUGGGUUCUGUUCUUCACUCGUCUUCCUCCAAACCUUGAAUCCCGAAUAAAAGGCACACUUUACUUUCACUGGAAAAGAGGACCUUGGGAAACUAACUGGCCAACAGUCCAUUGCUUCUCCUUAACCCAGUUGAGAUGCUUCCUACGUUGGCUCAGAAGUGACUUCACCGGAGGAAUCAGACAGUUGUAGCCCAUCUCAGACAGUUGUAGCCCAUCUCCUAGUGCUAGAGGACUCUGCAUCUUUUGCACAAUUGUCAAAAAAAAUAAAAUAAUGUACCGGCAUUACCAGAUAACUAUUAACUCUUUAUUGCUCAGUGACUGUUUUUUGUCAAUGUCUUUAUGUCUCAAAAGUGUUCUCUGUCAAUUGACUGUCUGUUGUCGUACUAGAGCGGCUCCAACUACCGGAGACAAAUUCCUUGUGUGUUUUUUGGACAUACUUGGCAAAUAAAGAAGAUUCUGAUUCUGA